CCCUCUCCCAGCCUCGCGCCGUCCGCCGGGACGUUCCGGGCACAAGCGCGUGGAUGUGCUCGCGGAGAUAAAGGUCCCGUGCCUUCUGAGAGGCGAGCGAACUCUGCGGACUGCCGUGACUUCAGUGGCGCUGCGGGAGGAAGAAUUUACCGAGGAAGAGGAAGACCAUUGGGAUGAGCUUUGCGCCUGAAGUUUUAAUUUUAACAGAACUUAUUUGAGUAACGGCUUAUUUUGGAGCGCUUGGGAUCGACGUUGAUCUUGGGGUCGAAAAAUGUCCGAGUUGGAGGCAUGGGAGCCGGAGCUGCAGUCUUAGCAACCUGACAUACAAAUGCACGGGCACUACACACAGGACAUGUGGACUGGGAGAGCAUAAAACACACACAUUCAGGCGCACACACACACGUACACACACACACACACUCUUCAUUUACUACUCUUCUCUCAGAAGGCAUCCAGCGUGUGUGUGAGAGAGACAGACGGUGGGUGAUGGGGUCCAGCCUCACGUGCACGGGGGUGGUGUGGGCUCUGCUCUCACUGCUGUGUGCGGCUGCCUCCUGCAUCGGCUUCUUCAUGCCCUACUGGCUGCUGGGGUCCCAGAUGGGGAAGCCCGUGGCCUUCGGCACCUUCCGGCGCUGCUCGUACCCGGUCCGGGACGAGGUGCGCGGCGGAACCACGAUGGUGGAACAGUGCGGCCGUUACGCCUCGUUCCAGGGCAUCCCGAGCCUGGAGUGGAGGAUCUGUACGGUCGUCACAGGGACCGGCUGCGGAUUGCUGUUGCUCGUGGCGCUCACCGCGCUCAUGGGCUGCUGCAUCUCCGAGCUCAUCUCACGCACCAUCGGACGUGUGGCGGGCGGGAUCCAGUUUGUGGGAGGCUUGCUGAUAGGCUCCGGCUGUGCACUCUACCCUUUGGGCUGGGACAGCGAAGAGGUCAGACAAACCUGCAACAACAGUUCCAACCAGUUCGAGCUGGGUUCCUGUGAAAUUGGCUGGGCCUUCUACUGUGCUGGGGCGGGGGCUGCAACUGCCAUGCUGGUAUGUACUUGGAUGGCCUGCUUUGCUGGGAAGAAACAGAAGCAGUACCCAUACUGAGACUACAGUACCCACACUGAGACUACAGUACCCACACUGAGACUACAGUACCCAUACUGAGACUACAGUACCCACACUGAGACUACAGUACCCACACUUAGAUUACAGUACCCAUACUGAGACUACAGUACCCACACUUAGAUUACAGUACCCAUACUGAGACUACAAUACCCACACUGAGACUACAGUACCCACACUGAGACUACAGUACCCACACUUAGACUACAGUACCCAUACUGAGACUACAGUACCCACACUGAGACUACAGUACCCACACUGAGACUACAGUACUCACACUUAGACUACAAUACCCACACUGAGACUACAGUACCCACACUGAGACUACAGUACUCACACUUAGACUACAAUACCCACACUGAGACUACAGUACCCACACUUAGACUAUAGUACCCACACUGACACUACAGUACACACGUUUAGACUACAAUACUCAGACUGUAGAACCCACACUUGUACUACAGUACGGUACCCACACUUGGACUACAGUACAGAACCCACACUUAGACUACAAUACAGUAUCCACAGUUGGAUUACAGUGUCCACUUAGACUUCACUACCUGCUGAAGUUGAAAUACAGAGAUUGCAGUAUCCAUACUAAGAUGAGUCUGCACACAGUGGUUAAGACUGAAGCUGAGAGGAGUCUGUACACAGUGGUUAAGACUGAAGCUGAGAGGAGUCUGUACACAGUGGUUAAGACUGGCUGCCUGAUGACUGUUCAAGAAGAGAGGAUAGAGAUUUUUAAAGGCCAAACUGCUAAGGACUCUCUAGUUACUACUUAUUUUAUUUUUGCAUUUAUUUGGACUAUAGUACCUUUUUUGUCCUCAAUAUGUAACUAAAGUUAUUCUAGUACAGUGUAUGUAUGGAUUUUAUUAUAAUGUACAUGAUAUUCUGUAUUUAAGUAAUAUCCUCUUGUUGUCCUAUUACGGCCUUAAAUAUCUCACAUGCAAUAAAGACCAUCUCAAGUGGGA